AUGGAAUCUGGAACAAUGAAUCAUUGUCAACCGUACUGGGAAGCAUAUCCGGAUCCAACGAUGAAUCCAAUAACCAUAUCCAUCUUUACAACACUAUAUUCAUUAAUUUUUGUCUUUAGUCUUGUCGGUAAUUUGAUCGUAAUGAUUGUUACGCUCAAAAAUCGUGUUUUACAGUCUGUGCAGAAUAUAUUCUUACUAAAUUUGGCAGCCAGCGAUAUAAUGAUGUGUUUGCUGAGUAUACCACUAACACCAAUAACACUGAUAAUGAAAGAAUGGUAUUUUGGUGGUUUUGCCUGUAAAUUAGUCAGUUUUAUACAGGCAUUAAGUAGCUUUAUAUCAACGUUUAAUAGGCCAUUAAGACAAAAACAGGCUGUAUUGAUGGUGAUAACUAUAUGGAUUUUAUCAGCAGCAGUAUCAACUCCAUAUGUUUAUUAUAUCACCUUAAAAAGUUAUCCAAACAUUUGUGGAUAUUUUUGUACAGAAACCUGGCCAAGUGAACAGUCUAAACGUACUUAUACAUUUUUGGUAUUAAUUAUUCAAUUUGCAAUACCGCUUACCGUAUUGGCACUCUGUUAUCACUCGAUUUUUUCUUUUCUGGCUCAAAGAGCUCGUUGCCGUAUUAUUUCAAUUACCAAACAGACAGAUUUUCUUAGUCUAUUGGCUUCUGCCUCUCGACCAACUGAUAACCAACAUCAGGAACAGCUUACGUACCUCAGUAGACAGAAGAAACAGCUUUGGCGCCAUAAGAAACGGGCAACAAUAUUGUUGGCAGUUACAGUUACUAUCUUUGGACUAACGGCAUUACCAAAUAAUAUAUCAUCGCUAAUAUAUGAUUAUGAUACCGAUGCAUCACUACUAACUGUCAAUGGAUACGAUUUUUUUUACCUUAUUAAUUUAUUCACGCAUUGCAUGAUGACGGCUUGUUGUGUGGCUAAUCCAAUACUGUAUGCUUUCCUAAAUCCAGAAUUUCGUAAAUCACUGAUGCGACGGCGACUGUAUGCAAAGCACACCUUGCAAGCAGCUCGAUCUUUUCCUACAUGA